AUGAACUGUCUUUCUGUUGCAAUCCUUGCCUUGAUCGCUGUUGUUGCGUUGUAAGUUUACUGAAUCUCUGAAAUUUCAACUCAUAAAAAUUAUUUCUAGCGCUCGCCCACAAGGCAGAGUUGUUGAGCAAACAACAAUCAUUCGCAACGGUGGUGGUGGAUUUGGUGGACCUGGAAACAACUUUGGUGGGCCAGGAGGAAGCUUUGGAGGACAAGGUGGAUUCAACAAUGGAGGAUUCAACCGUGGACCAGGUGGAAACUAUGGGCCAGGAAACAACUUCGGAGGGCCAGGUGGAAACUUUGGAGGACAAGGUGGAUUCAACAAUGGAGGUGGUUUCAACAGAGGACCAGGAGGAAACUUCGGAGGACCAGGAAGAUUCGGAGGACCAGGAGGACAAACCACUUUCAUCAAGGAGACUGUCAUCAAUGGUUAA